UAAAGAUGGACCCGAUAUUCAGCCCGUCGCUUCACAGGCAGAGACAUCAAUUUGUCAUCGAUUUUGUACGGAGGAACAAACCCAGAAAGGUGGUGGACUUGGGGUGCAGCGAGUGCAGCCUUCUCAAAAAACUAAAGUUUCACCGUGAAGUUGAGCUGCUGGUCGGAGUGGACAUCAACGGUGCCAAAGUGAAGAAAAAGAUGCAUGGAUUAGGCCCUAUAUCAACUGACUAUCUGCAGCCGACUUAUGAUCAGCUGCGUGUUGAGCUGUACCAGGGCUCAGUCACACAAAAAGACGUCCGCCUUAGAGGAUUUGAUCUGGUGACCAGCAUAGAGCUCAUAGAGCACCUCACUCUUGCUGAUGUGGAGUGCUUCUCUGAGGUGGUGUUUGGUUACAUGAUCCCAGUGGCGGUUAUUGUCAGCACCCCAAACUCCGAGUUCAACCCCCUUUUCACUGGACUGACAGGUUUCAGGCACUCUGACCACAAGUUUGAGUGGACCAGAGCAGAGUUCCAGUCCUGGGCUCUGAAGGUGUGUUUGGAGUAUGGUUAUGAGGUGGAGUUCACUGGGGUUGGACAGGCGCCGCCAGGCCAGCAGGAGAGUGUCGGCUUCUGCUCCCAGAUUGGUGUGUUUCACCGACGUGCGGGGAGAGAUCACUGCAACAUGUUGUUCGGUGAUGAUGCGGAUGAUGUGUUUUCAUACACACUGCUGUAUAGUAUAAACUACCCCAGCCUGCGUGACAACAACAUUUUGCGGAGGGUCCUGGUGAGUGAGGUGUUGUACUGGACAGAAAAGCUGAAGAGAAGAUGGAUGGAGGAGAAGACUGGCGAGAGGGAUGACGCUUACACACUGUGCCUGACUGAGGGAGGAGUGGAGGAAUGUCUCAGAGCGUUAGAGCGACACGUGGACAUGGAAGAGAAACAGACAGCUGCAUGUGGAGCAGAGGUGAAACAUCCGGUGGUGUCAGAGGAUCAGGAAGGAGAGGAUGAAGAGGUGUUUUGGACAAACGGCAAAGGACAACAGGAGUCUAAAAAACUGCACAGGUGUGUGUGUGUACCUCUGGCUGCGCUGUGGUCCUGCUGCCCUAAAGUCAGUGCCCUGAGUGGAAGUCUGAGUAAUCUCAGACAUAUCCUGAUGGAGGACCCCGAAGUUAAACUGAGCCAGGACCGCUCUGCCGUGCUUGUACAGGAGGAAGACCUUGAAGAAGAGGAUCAUAAUGAUUUGGAGGACAGCGGAUAUGCAGAGGCCGGCCAGUGCUCCCACAAUGCUGUGCAAGAGGAGGACUGGGAGGCAAAUAUUUGAUCUAGAACAUACAUAUUGGGACAAGUAGGUUACUUGUUUAAAGGGAAUUCA